AUGGUCAAGGACACCAAGUUGUACGAUGUCCUCGGGGUUCCCCCGACGGCGAGCGACGCCCAACUGAAGACGGCCUACAAGAAGGGUGCCCUCAAGUACCAUCCUGACAAGAACGCCAACAACCCAGAGGCCGCUGAAAAGUUCAAGGAGAUGUCCCAUGCCUACGAAAUUCUCUCCGAUUCCCAGAAGCGUAGUAUCUACGACCAGCUUGGUGAGGAGGGCCUUGAGAACGGCGGUGGGGCUGGUGGAAUGGGCGCCGAAGAUCUCUUUGCCCAAUUCUUUGGCGGCGGAGGAGGUGGCUUCGGCGGUAUGUUCGGGGGUGGCAUGCGGGACCAAGGCCCCAAGAAGGCCCGCACUAUCCAUCACGUUCACAAGGUCAAUUUGGAAGAUAUUUAUCGUGGCAAGGUCUCAAAAUUGGCUCUGCAGAAGUCCGUCAUCUGUCCCGGGUGCGAUGGCCGCGGUGGUAAGGAAGGUGCUGUCAAGACCUGUACUGGCUGCAGUGGCUCCGGUAUGAAGACCAUGAUGCGCCAGAUGGGUCCUAUGAUCCAGCGAUUCCAGACUGUCUGCCCCGACUGCAAUGGUGAGGGUGAGAUCAUCCGUGACCGUGACCGCUGCCAGACCUGCAAGGGUAAGAAGACUACCAUUGAACGCAAGGUGCUUCAUGUCCACGUCGACCGUGGUGUCAAGAAUGGCCACAAGAUCGAGUUCCGCGGUGAAGGUGACCAGAUGCCGGGUGUGAUGCCCGGGGACGUUGUCUUCGAGAUUGAGCAGAAGCCUCACGCCCGCUUCCAGCGCAAGGACGAUGACCUUUUCUUCCACGCUGAGAUCGAUCUUCUCACCGCUCUUGCCGGUGGUUCCAUUAACAUUGAGCAUCUGGACGACCGGUGGUUGAGCGUGACUAUUGCCCCUGGCGAGGUUAUCACUCCUGGUGCCAUUAAAAUGAUCAAGGGCCAGGGUAUGCCUUCAUACCGUCAUCACGACUUCGGUAAUCUCUACAUCCAGUUCGACGUCAAGUUCCCAGAGAAGGACCAACUCAACAACAUCGAGUUGCUGGAGCAAGUCCUGCCACCCCGAACAGCUCAGGCUCAGGCUCCCAGCGACUCCAUGGUGGAAGACUUUGAACUUGAGGAUGUUGACGCCAACGAGCAUUCACAAGCUCGUGCCCACGGCGCAGCCAUGGAUGAGGAUGAUGAGGAUGUUCCCCCUGGUGCCGAGCGGGUGCAGUGUGCUUCUCAGUAAACUGGGUUUCGAAGUCGGGAGGUUGGAUAUGAUUGAUGUGCUGGGGCUUUGUGAAACUUCGCUUAUGAUACCAUGUUGAAGGUUUGGGCCCUGGUACUGCUCGGUUUUGUUUUCUUUUGUUUUCUCUUUUUUUUUUUUUUUUCCAUAUCGCGGAUGAUUUGAUAUGCGAUGGCGUUUGCACCGAAGAUUCGGACGAUGACUGGAGAUUCCUUUUUUUUUCUUCUUUUUUAUCUGCGGCAUUCUCAUCAUCCUGCCUUGCUUCCUAUACAUAAUGUUCUUUUUCUUUUUAUUUCUCUUUCUCCCGUCCGAUGGGACUUAGGGCUAUGGAGCGUGACGAAAUGGAUGAGACCAUGU